AUGGUGUGGCCACAGCUCGUCUCAACCGUUGGCAUCAAGUCCAAUGCCAAGAAGAUCUCACGCAAGGCGAUCCAGGAGGUCAACGUCCAGAAGGCUUGCGAAACUAUCUUGGAGCCUGGUGCCCCUAUUGCCCUGCGUCUCCAAGGCAGUCUUCUCUAUGGCGUCUCCAGGGUGUACUCGCAGCAGUGCCAGUAUGUAUUGGCCGACGCUGAGAAGGUGCAGGCCCAUAUGAUGGCUUUUUACAAUGCCAUGGGCGGAAAUGAGAAUGCACUGGAUCCGAGGGCAGACGACCCUGAUUUUGACCUCAACUACCAGCUCCCCGUCUUUGAGCUUGACGAUGACGGUAACUUGAUUCUUCCAGCCGUCGAAAGCCAAGCAUCACGCAACAGCACUUCACAGAUGUCACCUCACCAGCUCGACAGCUUCAACGCUGGCGGGAGCUCGAUCCAUGGGGGCCUUGACCUCCCCGGAUCUUCUUCUGGUCUUGGAAACCCAUUCCAUGACGAUCCCUUUGGCAGCGAUGACAUAGAUCAUGGCAAGGACAACCAACAAGUGCUGCCCUUCGGCGAUGAGGAGCGACAGCUUGCACCCAUCGAUGAUUGGGGCAUUGAAAUCGACGCAGACGGGAACGUGUUAGCCCUUUUCGAGGAGCCUGAGCUGCCGCAAAUUCCCCAGGUCGAUGUUUCCAAGGCCGAUGACCACCUUCCCUCUGAUCUCGGUCUCGAUCGAUUCGAUAGCGAAGGAGACUUCAUUAUGGGUAACAGAGACCCUGCCAUUCCUUCUGAUCCGCGCCUGCCGUCUGAACCCCCUGUCCUUCCCCAAGUCGGGCAGGCGCAGCAAGAAGAGAACCAAGAGCAGCAACAACAAGAGGCCGAAAUGGACGAAAACGCUAGUGAAGUUCAAGCUCCAGCUCGUGCUCGACGUCAGCGUCGCCGCCAACUUCUCGCGCCAGAUGAUCAGACUAUGCUCACUCGUGGGCAGAUUCGACUCUGGGGUGACACUUACGCCAACAGAGCUGAUGAAGAGACCGCUCGACAGCAGCGACGUGGACUCACAGCCACGGAAACACGGAUGAAUGCUUACAAUCUGGUGUUCGGACAGGGUCUCGCCAACCUUGGCUACUUGGCCGGCUACCCUAACAUCCCGCACCCCUUGGCCCCCUUCUUUGCAGGAGAGGGUCUCGCUCAGCAGUUAGGUUUCAUCAGCCCAGAUUCCGACGUCAGCGGCGAUGUACCCGCCACCCCCCGUAGCCGCCGUCGCACAGCCUCACAAGCCCUCGAGCUAGAAGAAGACGAAGUCGCCCGUCGGGUCCGUCCCCGCCUCAGCAAUGAGCCCGACGCCCCACAAGGUGCCCCCCAACUUACAAACGAAGCCCAACUCUUCCUCCUGGGUGAACAAGGAGAGCCAAUUGAAGCAGGUAGAAGGGGCACCAGCGCCCAAUUCUCAGACGCAAUCCACUCCGAUGCCCCCUGGAACAGACCCUCCUCUCACAUCCCUAGCUCCUCCAUCAAAGGCGGUGCCGGCUCCAAACCCGGCAGCCGUCGCGUCAGCGCCUCCCCCCUCACCCACCGUGCCAGAGCUGGUAUCUUGGGGGGAUCAGACCAGAUCGAACGCUUCAGCGAUCAACCCAUCUUUGGAUCAGACACGGGUUUCUCCCAAGGAGGAGGAGGUGCUUUCCUCUCUUCUGACCCCAUCGUCGAUCCGAUUGAUGCCCCCGAGGAGAUAAAGGUGCCAGCUGAUACCUCCCAGCAGAUGAUCAAUGCCCUUGAUCGCGAGGGGCAGAACUUCGCAAGGUUUCUCCGGCAUAUUGCCAAGACCAAGGGGUACGCCAAUGAGGAUGAUGAGCAGGACGAGAAAGCCUGGGUGAGCUUUGAUGACUUGUUUGAGCCGGAGGAUAGGAAGAGGGCGGUGGUGGUGCAGGCUUUUCAUCAUGUGUUGACUUUGGCGACGAAGAAUGUGGUGAAGGUGAAGCAGGAUGGACAGGGGGGGCUGAAGCUGUUUGGGGAGAUCAGGGUGGGGGUUGACUUGCCUUUGUCUGAGGAUGGUGGCGAGGAGGGGGAGGAUGAGGAGAUGGGGGAUGGUGGUGAGGAGUCGAGGAUUGCUACUGGGGAUGAUGAUGAGGAGUAA